GAACAAUCGCUUGCAGUUUGCAGUUUCAGGAGGACUGAUUGGUAUUCGCACCAAGUUUGAUCCUACGUUGUGCAGAGCAGAUUGUCUCGUCGGUCAAGUACUGGGUGCGAUUGGAGAAGCUCCCGAAGGUCUAUACCGGUGAGCAUGCUCGUUUUGGAUAUGUCAUCGCGUUCUAGAGAGAAUUUGGAGCUUGAAAUCAGUUUGUUUCGUCUCCCGUGUUUGAUAAACGUUCAUAUAGAGGAGAAGAAACAAAUAAAGGUUUCGAAACUCACCAAGAACGAGCUCCUGGUGACUAACAUUGGUUCGACAUCGAAUGGUGGGCAGGUAAUGGGCGUGAGAGGGGAUCUCGCGAAGGUUCAACUGACUUUACCCGCAUGUACUGAGGUUGGAAAAGAUGUCACGCUUUCGAGAUGUAUCGAGAAGCAUUGGUGGCUUGUAGGCAAGUGUUUCUGUCAGCUGAGUAGACUGAUUCGCUACCUACUUGAUGUGACCGGAGCCAAUCUACAUAUGUAUCAUUUCUGGAGCACGCAGAUGCAAGUGUUUUUUUUUUUCAUUUUAGUACAUGGAAAAGUGGCUUUCCUGAUCAAUGAAGGCUUGUUGCCAACGACGAAAAAUAGAAUCGAUCGUGAUAUGUAAAGCGUUCCUCGAAUUUCAAAUUUGUCUCCAUUUCAUAUACUGGAAGGAUGAAAUGGGAAAUCUUCGUAAAGGACAAGGAAGCAGACGGGAUGUAUUACUGAUGAUCAUGGGUAUACUCAGUAGAGGUGCAACAAAUAAGAAGCCAGAAGCGAGUCCAGCGUCCAGCAUGUCUGAUUGUUACA